UUUUGAUUCAUACGAUCGAUUACGGACAAGAGAUUCUGCAUAGAAUACGUCCGGUAUACCUAUGGGAUUCGCCCCAAUACUAAAAAACACUUACUGUCGCACUGUCCGACCUUGGAUUUCUACUGUUAGCCAUAUAAAGAUGAAGGUAACAUGCACACAAGACGGAAGAGUAUAAAUACUUUGGCUGUCAAUCAGUUCCGAUAUCUCCAACCUGUUGCUCAUCCAGCAUCUCCUCUCUUUCUUCACAUUCGUUUCUUGUCAAUUUUCCUGUUAAAGAUGUCGAUGAUCAAUUUCGCCGUUUGCUUCUUGGCUGCCGUUGCGGUGGUGGCUGGUAAUCCCGGAUACGGAUACAAACCAAUGGCUCCUGCGUACACACCUCCUGCGUACACACCUCCUGCGUACACUCCGCCGGCAUACACACCUCCUGCAUACACACCUCCUGCAUACAAGCCACCUGCAUACACAACUCCUGCAUACACACCUCCUGCUUACACACCUCCCGCUUACACUCCUCCUGCGUACACACCUCCUGCGUACACUCCUCCUGCAUACACUCCUCCUGCAUAUUCUCCACCAGCAUACAAAGCUCCUUCGUACAUGGCUCUAGCUUAUUAAGUUCCUGUUAAAAAUUGAAGUUUCCUAAAAUGCGUCACCGUCUUAAAUUAUGCUUCCUUUUGGCCAUUCCUUAA